AUGGCUUAUGUAGGAUGUUCAAAAGAAUUUUGUUUAAAUCAUUUAACAGAACAUCAACAAAUACUAAAUGAUGAAUUAAAUCUUAUUACCAAUGAAUUUAAUGAAUUUAAACAAACAAUUAAUGAACAAAAACAAAAUACACAAAAUCCACAAAAUGAUUUAUUAAUAAAACAAAUUCAUCAAUGGGAAAGAAAUUCAAUUGGAAUAAUUCAACAAAAAGCACAAGAAUGUAGAAAAAUUGUCCUUGCAUAUUCGCAGACAAGUAUUAAUGAUAUUAAAAAUAAAUUUAAUAAUUUAUCUGAACAAAUAAAACAAGUUCAACAAGAAAAUGAAUUUAAUGAAAUUAAUUUAAAAUAUUUAAGAAAUCAAUUAAUUGAAAUCACACAAGAAUUAAAUAAUCCGACAAAGAUUUCUAUUAAAGAAGAUUCACAACCAUUUAUUAAUGAAAUUUUAAUUAUUUCAUCAAAAAGCAAGUUUUUAAAAAAUAAUUUUCACUUCCUAUAA